AUGGACCGCGGCGCACCCGAAUACUCGCAGUCAGGUUUGCCCUCGCCCUAUCCCAGCAACUUCGGCGACGCCAAUUCUGAAGGUUCGUCGGCAGAUCACGCGUCUGCUGCUCACUACCCCGGCAAACAAGAAGUCAACUACCCGACCUCGGCCACUCCCACGUCUGAGUACGGUGUCUACCCUCCGUCGGCGCGUUCAGGAUCCUUCCCGGAGCACAUCCAGCGGUCCUACCAGCAGGCUAGCACUACCACCAACGGCGGCGGUAUGGCUCAGCAACAGAACAGUCCGUCCUUGCCCCAGCAGGAUGGGCGAAUCCAUCAAGCCCAUCCGGUCAAUUCUGACAGCGAUGUACCUAUAGAUCCGUCCAUCGCGGCGCCCAGUCCAACAUAUCCCUACGGGCAGCAUUCUCCAUACGCGCCCAACCCUGACAUGACGCACAGCUACUCUCAUCCCAGCAGCAGCAUGUACGCUCAACCGCGACCGGACUGGACAGGGUACGGGCAACAUGGAGGACCUCCCCUUACACCGGGCCACCCAGUCUACGCCCAGCAGCCCGCGUCGGCACCGCCUCAGCAGAGGCCGAAUCAGGUAUACUCUUUCGUCCCCAUUCCCGGCGCCCAACAGCACAAGCGGCCCCGUAGACGAUAUGAGGAAAUCGAGCGCAUGUAUAAGUGUGGCUGGAAUGGCUGCGAGAAGGCCUAUGGCACUCUCAACCACUUAAACGCUCAUGUGACUAUGCAAUCGCAUGGUCCCAAGCGGACCCCUGAAGAGUUCAAAGAAAUCCGCAAAGAGUGGAAGCAGCGCAAGAAGGAAGAAGAGGCUCAGCGCAAGGCCGAAGAGGAACGUCAGCGACAGCAAGCGGCGGCUGCAGCUGCACAGAACGGCGGUGGUGAGCCUCAGGGCCCGGACGGCACACCCACUUCUACGUACGGUUCGCGACCUGUGCAGCUUCCUCCCAUCGGCUACCAGCCGGCACAGUAUCCCGCGCCUCCAUCUGGUGGCGUCCCUCAACAACCGUUGCCUGAUUACGGCACGAGCCACAUGUACCCCAGCUACCAGCCUCACUCGCCCUACGGCCAGCCUAACCAGAACAUGUACAGUCAGUCAAACGGCGGGCAGCCCCCUAGCCACUAG